AGGAGCUCGAGGCGGCCUGCCGCUGGGCCUGCCGCGCCGGCCGGCUGGAGCCCGCCUGCCAGCUGCGCAGGCCGGGGUCUGAAGCGCUCGGGGUCAUCUUGGCGGAGGAGAGGUCCGGCGAAAUGACUGAGUAUUGGCAGAGGCUGGCAGAGAUGGCUCCGCACAAGCUGGCUGCGAGCCCGCCAGAGGUGCAGCGUCUACUGAGCCCGCCGCCUCGCUUGCUGCUGGUCGUGGGUUCGAUGUUGCCAGCGCCAGAUCUGGCGGCGACCACCAUUUUCCUCACGAAGAGCGCGGCGGCAGCCGCGGCCUUGCGUGACCGCGGCUUCGCGGCGGAGCUGCGGGCAGAGGUCUUGCAACGUGGCGCCCACGCGGUGGACGCCGUCUAUCUUCAGGGAGGUGGGGAGGCGGCCUUUGAGGACUUGAAGAAGCUCGAGGAGUUGCAGCUGCUUUGCCCAGGCUGCCGCGUGGUGGCGGACUGCGCGCUGCUGCCGGGCGCGCCGGGCCUCUUGUGGCGCAUGCAGCGAAACCUGGAACUCAUCGAGGUGCAGGAGCCAGGUUUUCCUCCUGGAGAGAACUGGUGGGCCUUCUGGCGCUGGUCGGAGUCUUCGCCUCCGGCUGCAAGUCCUCAGUUGGCCCGCCUGGUGGCGGAGUCUGAAAGCCUGCGGAAGCCCAGGUCGACCAGGGCAGCGCUUCUCGAGAAGCGCUUCGUGUCAACAUCUUCCCAUGAGAAGGAGUAUGAUGACACUAAUCCCGCCGAGCGCCUCCGCGGCUUUGUCCGAAGUUUCGGCGAAGGCGGACUGCCGGCGCCCAUCUCCGAAGCGGCGCUGGAGCCGCCGCCCAGCAGCCCAUCUCUACAGCCGCGAGAUGCGGUUGAGGGCAUGGCCGAGGCGCCUGAUUUGCGGAACAUGUCCUUCGAAGACUGGCUUGCUGCUUUGGACACAUCCGGUGCAGCACUGUGCUACGUGUCUGCCGCUGAGCAGUGUUAUGACACGGUGGCUCAAAUUGCUCAGACCUACACCCUCGUGGACAAGACGUCCAACGAGAAGUCCCUGGACCCGCUGCUUUUCAGCGACCUGGAGAUUUCGGAGGCUCACAGGCCGCUGUUCACGCGGUGGUUUGUCAACGUCUGCGGCGUGAAGGCCUAGCAACGGACUGCUUCCAAGCACUGGCCCGCGCUGAGUCACCGCGCGGCAAGAUCUGCGGAUUUGGUCGAGUUGGACGCCUUCCAUGGGGCGUUCCACUUGAUGGUACCGAAGACGGGCCCAGUUCUUCUCGUUGCUCCA